AUGCAAUCAAAUAAUAAUAUUUAUAAAUCAACAACAAUGUUGAGUGAAGGUCCAGCAAAGUUAUUGGAUAUCAUCAAUGGUAUGGCAAAGACUCGUGCUUUGUAUACUGCGGCAAAGUUGAAUGUAGCACAUGCCAUACCAAUUGAUGGAAAGAGAUCAAGUGAUGAGAUUGCCAAUGAGGUUGGCUGUGACAAAUCAGCACUCUAUCGUUUACUUCGCGCAUUGACUCAGAUUGGUGUAUUCCACGAGUGUGAAGAUCAAGAUGGUGUAUUUGAACACAACUCUGCUUCAUUGGGACUACUUCAAGAGAAUCUACGAGACUAUGUAUUGUUCAAUGGUCAAUCGGCGACAUACCGUGCAUGGGAGGUGUUGCCCGUGAGUAUCGAGACUGGCACAUCUAGUUUGUCCAAGGCACUGGAUGGACUCGAAUUCUUUGACUACCUUGAGACGCGUCCAGAGGAAGCAUUGGUCUUUGGUCGCGCAAUGACUGCCAUAACAACAAAGAUGGCGCCACAUCUUGUUGCCAGGACUGACUUUAGUGGCUUUGACACUGUUGCCGACCUUGGCGGAUCAGAGGGCAUCCUUCUGAAUGCCGUACUCAAGGCCAAUCCAUCGAUCAAGACUGGUAUCAACUUUGACCUGCCCAACUUGAUUGCCAAGUACCAAGCCUUACCCUCACGCCAAGCGUCACUUGACCCACGCUUCAAAGAUGUUGGUGGAUCAUUCUUUGACUCGGUACCUCAGGCUGACCUGUACAUGCUCAAGAACAUCCUUCAUGAUUGGAAUGACGAGAGUGUGAUCAACAUCUUCAAGACCAUCAUCAAGUCCAUGAAGCCAUCAUCCAAGAUCUAUGUAUUCGACUACCUAGUUGGCAACGAGAAGAAUGAGAAUCAGACAACGGUCGUUUGGAUGGACUUGAAGAUGCUCAACUUUAACAAUGGCAAAGAGAGGACUGUGAAGGAUUGGCAAGAGAUUGCCAAACAAACUGGAUUGACUGUUGAGCGAGUUGAGACUUCCCCAAUGGUUCCAGCUUUGAUUGUAUUUAGAAAG